AUGGCCUCACAACGGCUGGCGCUACCCAGGCCAGCUGUCCGCAGCUCGGACGGAAACCCGGGGGUUAAACCGUGCGGGAGGAAGGGGCGGUUUUGGGAGAGGCGGCUUUCCCCGGCGCGGUGGAAGGGCCUCGCCGCGGUCCGGCGGAGCCCGCUUUCCCCCUCCUCGCUCUCCUCCACCGGCUCCUCGUCCCUCCUGGAGGACUCGGAGGACGACGUGCUGAGCGACACGGAGGGCAGGAGCCAGGGCAUCGUGCACCUGGAGCACGGCGAGGACACCAACCAGAAAAAGGCAUGGCAUACAAUUAAAACCAUGGUUAACUUACCAGUCAUCAGCCCCUUCAAGAAACGCUAUUCAUGGGUGCAGUUGGCUGGGCAUACAGGGAGUUUCAAGGCAGCUGAUAGUGGGAAGAUUCUCAAACGCUUCUCAGAGAAUGAAAAGGAGUGUUUUGAGCGAUUGAUGAAAGACCCGCUACGUUCCUGUGUCCCUUGCUUCCAUGGUGUGGUGGAGAGAGAUGGCGAGAGCUACAUUCAGCUGGAUGACUUGCUUACUGAUUUCGAAGGGCCUUGUGUGAUGGACUGCAAGAUGGGGAUAAGGACAUACCUGGAGGAAGAGUUGACUAAGGCCCGUGAGAAACCAAAGCUGCGUAAGGACAUGUACAAGAAAAUGAUUGAAGUGGAUCCUCUUGCUCCCACAGCUGAAGAGAAUGCCCAGCAUGCUGUCACCAAACCCCGAUACAUGCAGUGGAGGGAAACCAUCAGCUCUAGUGCCAACCUGGGCUUCAGGAUUGAAGGGAUUAAGAAGGCGGAUGGAACAUGUAACACAAACUUCAAAACUACGAAGACACAGGAGCAAGUUCUACAAGUUUUUGUGGAAUUCAUUGAGGGCAACACAACUAUUCUGAAAAAAUACCUCAAGCGUCUGCAGGAAAUUCAUAUCAUUCUUGAAUCCUCAGACUUCUUCAAGCGACAUGAGGUCGUUGGAAGUUCACUACUCUUUGUACACGAUGGCAGUGGGAAUGCCAAUGUGUGGCUGAUUGAUUUUGGAAAGACCACCCUUCUCCCUGAUGGGCAGACACUGGAUCACAGGAUCCCCUGGCAAGAAGGCAACAGGGAGGAUGGGUACUUGUUGGGACUGGACAAUUUGAUUGGCAUCUUGGAAAGCAUCACUGAAAGAUGAGUUGAGAAUGGCACAAAACUUGCAGGGCUGCUCUGAAACUUUCUGCUCUACUGGGAUCACUCAGUUAGAAGGAAACCUUUUAACUCCCUCCAAACUCCUGAGGUCAUCAGUACAGAGGGAGCUGCAUCCAGAACCCAGCAGUUAGUCAUCAAAAUGACUUUGCAUUGGCCCUCCAUGAACCUAAAUAACUCCAGAUUGGUCUGUAUUGCACCAGCCUAACUUCAGACUGGUCCUCAGAGAAUGAAGAUCUCCAUACUCUGGAAUCACACCAGCAUGAGUCAAGAGAUCUGUAUGGUAAACCAGAAUGAUUCUGAUUUCUGGCAAACAGAUGGGACUCCAGAUUACCUCUUAGUGAACCAGAGCAAGUGCGUGGGGAUUCAGGGUAGAAAUAACAAUUUUUCAGGGAACUGCAUAGUUUUGAAACCAGCAAGAGUGUUGGUUCCCCUCCCCCCCCCGAAUUCUAAGUCUCCUUGCCUCUGUGUACACUAUAGGUUGGACCAACAACUUCUGCUGCAUUGUGUUACAGUGUGCACAAGGUGGAAAUGGGUGAUAAUCACAAGAAACCUAGAGCAAAGAGAGACAGCAGUUUGUAGUGGCUGGAUGUGGUAACUGCUGUUGACCAUUCCUCCUCUUCCCUACCCUAGCCUCGAUUCACUUCUGUCCAAGAACAGUCUUUGCUUUUAUGUAGCCUCUCAGGAGAUUACAAAUACUCUAGGGAGAGAAUAGCAGCCUAUUGUCUCCAAAAACAUUUGACUUUCAGACUGGGUGGGCUGCUGGAAAAGUGCCUGGCUUGGCAAGUUUGGCCUCUUGCAGCUGAACUGCAGUUCUGAAAAUCAGUAAUGACUCUUUCGCACACAGACCAGGGAACUAAGGUUUUUUUUCCAAGGCUUGUUUAUUUUUCAAGACAAAACCCCUAUGCACGUGCACACACACGCUCGCACUAGUAGCCAGCAAUCAAUGUGAUCUCUUAAGAUCAUGGUUUGACUGUCUCCUAAUGCACAUGACUUGUUGGCCAUGUUCCUGUUCCCACAUACGAUGCGGCCACUUAAGUAUAUAGACUGGUGCAGCGAUCAGGAGGGUAAUGUUUCUGCAUUCACAGCAUUACACUAAUGAUGAGAUAAUUCCCAGGCAUCCUUCCUCCAAGGUAUCAGCUGUUAACUCAGGGCAGUUUGGGGGAAGGAAUGUCAAUAUAUCACAUGCCCUAGUCCCUGUCUGGAAUUGCAGGGCCAUCUGUGGUUCAUUCUUUUGCUGUGGCCCAGGCACAGCCACAGAAAAUUUACAGUGUUUAGGUGAAAAUCAAGAAAGACUGAAGUGGUUUCUUGUAAUGGCUUCACAUACCUUCUCUCUUGGUUGCUUCUAGUCACUUGAACAGUUCUUUAAAUACUAGCAGUAUAAAUACUAUCAGUAUUCACAUGUUCACUCACAUUCCAGGUUUUAACAUUAAUAAUGUGAUGAUGCAGUUUUCAAAAUGAGGACAAGACUUAUGUUACUAUUUGGUUGUUAAUCUCCUUUCAACAUCUAAAGCUGGUAAUGCACAUUGAUCAGAAAUUGCUGUCUUUUGCCAGUGUCCUAUGUUCAGAAGAGAUUCUGAGAACUUCAGGAUACAUGAAGGUGACUCCAUGCUUUGGGAAACUGCUGUUUCGAUAAUAAUCGUGAUCACGAGCAAAAAAAGACUGUAGAGUCCAGAUCUGGAAUGACAUGUAUCUAUAACAUUUGUAAUCAGAAUUGAACAGCCUAAAAUAAUUUCUAAAAGGUGUUACUUUAGAUAACACACUACUGUACUAAGAGAUCAGCCAGAUUUAAUAACUUUUUCAUCACCUCUAAACAAAACAGCAGUAUUAAAAAUGCAAGCUCAGUUGUGACCUAAAAGUUUAGACGACAUACAGUGGGUAUUCUGUAGGAAGUAAUGACACAUGGAAACAUUUCAUCCUAAAACAGAAGUUGUUUGAAACUGUUAAUUAUUUUUGCAGUUCACUGCAAAUUCAGACUUCUUCUGUGGCCUCCCAGAGUCCCUCUCAGUUCUGUUUUCCUGAUAGUAUGUUAAUGAAUUUUCCACUCAGAUGUUUCAGAGGGUUUAUACUUUCUUUUUAAAGUGACAGCGAGCCUUCAAUAGAGAGCACAGAUAUUAUCAUUCCAGAUGCCUCCUAACUUUUGAACUGUUAUGAGAUGACAAAUAAAUCUGUGGUGAAUUUCAUACAAUUUAAAAAAAAAAUCUUCCUCCUUUCCAGCAGCCAACAGGUAAGCCACUGGUGAGCAGUGCUUAAGGAGAAUAGGAAUUAAAUAGGUCUCACAGGGGAGGACUUUAAUAAUACCUUUUCUAUGAGACCUGCAGUUGCAAGCAGUCCUACCGUAAUAAAAAGAAAAAUUAGAAAAGUUAGAAAUGACACUGUUAAGGUGAUAGAAUUCAUUAGUGGUUUGCCUAAUUAAUCUUCAGAGUUAAAUUUCUUUCUUCUGUUACCACAUGUAAAUCUUUUGCACCAGUGUAACUUACUUUCUAGAGGGGAAAUUUGGAGGGUAAAAGCUGAUGCUCAAAUGUCAGUUGAGAAUUUGAGACAAACUUUUAGAAUGACUGUCCAGUUCUAAAGGAGAACUAGAAGCAACGUGGCACCAGUAGCUUCAAAAAACCCAAGUGCUGCUUAGCACCUGGAUGGUUUGCAAUACGUGGUCUUGGGGGAAAACAUGGAGAAUGAUCCAUUCCUCUGCAGUAGUUGAAAAGGUCAGGGAGAAAAGAAAACCUCUGCUAUAGCAGACCUUGGUCUGGAAACUCAUUCUAGAUGAUAAAUAGUUCUAGCAAGUUAGUUUUGAAAUGGCCCUUUGGCUUGCCGAGGGUUUAGAAGGGAAGAAGCCACAAUCUUCUGCUGCUGUUGUGGGAAAGGAGAAAAGGAGGCAGCUUUUCAUCAGCAAACUGCAAGUGUAGGACUGCAGCUGAGCACUGGAGCUCUAAGGGGCUGGAGGCUAAGAGCUCAUGAGCAAACUACCACAGGGUAAGUUAGAUACCUUGAUUCACAUCAGAUGGCCCAGAGUGCCUGUCAGUGCACACUCACUUGCUAGUGUGAGGAAGCAGCAUAGCCUUCUUUCACUAUGGAGUAAGUUGCCUUGAAUAAGCUUAUAUUUACCAGAGGGUCAACAUGAUGCCUUUGCACAGGCAUGUAACAUAGAAGAGCUGAUGCAUGAUAACCGAGGUACUUGUUUACAUACAAGUCCAGAAUGUAGUUCUGUAAUGCCUCCGCUGAGAUAUUGCCUCACUCCGGAGGCACCGAGAGCACGUGUGUUUGAACAGCAUGGUAAGAUAUGCUGGCCCAGAGGCACUUUGGUGCUGAACAGCUAACCUCUGACUUAGGCACCAAGGUCUUUAAACUCACUAGUUAGAUGCAGCACUGCUUACUGCUCUGCUGCAUUGCGUUCCUGCGUGAAUCUAUCAGUAGGACUUCUCUCCCUCAAUUUUGGCAGUGACUUGGUUUUUUGGCCUUGGACAACUAUCCUAGGCCUCAGUUUUGUUCCCAUUUUACAGAUGGGAAUAGUACCUACUUACCUCACAGGAAUGGUGUGAGGCUGUCCUUCAUUAUUGCUUGCAAGAUGCUGUGAGAUUCUUUGGAGGAAGGUGCAAUAUAGAAGGAAAUGCACAAAGAGAUACAUCAGCAAAGUUUAAAAAUGAUGGGUGUUGGGGCCCCACAAGGAUAUAAAUUUGGAUGAAAUUUAAUCAAUGUGGUAAAAAUUAAAUCCCUCUUAAUUUUACACGGGGGAAAUCCACUUAACAUCUGAUCCAGUUCCUAUUAUAGGGAAAGAUUUCAAUGGGAGUUGGACCAAACCCUUAAGUAUCUCAGAGGGCUCUUGCUAUUUUUUUUCGUAUUGCUGUUGUUAUUAUUUGUUAUUCUUAAGGUACUGAGAUCAAAUGGCCUGUAUCAUCCACAGUGCAUCUGUUCUGAACACUACAAUGCAAUGCUGACCAUGGUCACUUUUGACAUUGACUGUAUUGGUUGAGUGUUUGUUAUUCUGAAGUGUGUAUGCUACUAAAUAAAUGA